CGGUCCGAAUGUACAGCGUUUAAAUCAUGCAAGUCCAGGCGAGGAGGCAAACAUUCAGCGUAGUUGAACUAUCAAAUUGAGUUAUAACAUCGGUGUUGAUUACGGAGAAUGGUAUCAAGUCAUACAAGUUUAUCGAAGAUGAUCUAAGGCACGUAUCAGCCAAUUCGAGUGCAAUAUUUUCUGAAGUAAAUCACGCUACGUAAUCCACUGGCUUGAUUGGUCUACCUUUUCUAUUCGUCGCAAGCUGUAAAGAGCUACUCUCAAAUAUCGUACAAUGGCGACCCUGGAUUCGAGCAAACUGCCGAUAGUGACGAGAGCGUUGCAUGUUCCACCCCUAGAAGAAAUAAGAGACAUCCUGAGGGAAGCCUUGCCUGCAAACUUUGCAGAGGUAACAAUAGAUGUAGUUGAUUGCCCAGACCUCACUCAGCAGCCAUUCUCUCUGGCUGAACCAGGUCUUGGUGGUGGUACGAAACUUCUUGAAAUCGGCGGCAUUCCAUACUUGUUCCCUCAUGUCCACAGAGACAAGGUGUAUGAUAUAAAAUCCAUACUUCAGAACGUAGAUCACAGUGGCAAAGCGUUCAUCAUUGGUGCUGGAGUUGGGCCAUGGCCACUUGUGAAAUCAAAUUGUGAGUUGAUGAUGAACAUGUCAAUUUCUCCGACAGAGAGUUCAACUAAGAAUGCCACUCACAUUUGUAUGGUUGACAAAGGUGAUGGAAAAUGCGUUGACAAGACCUUAUCUGCUAGUGAAACACGUUUCUCUCUAUCAGCCAAUCUUUUUCUAAGCGAGGGUAAACCUGGCAAGGUCAUAAAGGUUCAUGUCAAAAAACGGUCGGGAAGUAACGAUUUUAUUGGCAGCAUUCGCGCAGCCCUAGCAGCUCGCUACACUGAACAAGUUGUCUGUUUGGGCGGAGCCUUCCUUCUGAAAGAAGGUAAAGCCAAACUCCACAUUAUGUCAGAUUUUACUGAGGCACCACUAAUAAGUUAUGACGACUUGAAGAAAUGGCUCAACUUCUUCGAAAUGUCUGCACCUCUGGUAGCUCUUGGUACUCUCGUCACUGCACGCACAGAUUUGGAUCUGCUAGUUGAACAUUUCCAUACCUUCUCAGAUCAUGGUGAGGGAGGGCAUUUCCAUUUUGAUACGACUCCAGAUACUGCUGAGUAUGUGGGCUACUUCAAUGUUAUUGAAACAGUUUACAGAGUGGACCAACCUCCCGUGCCUUUCAACUUUGAAGGGGAAUUUAAUCUGUUUUAAUUUAAAGAACCGUUUAAUUAAUCUGUAGUAUUUACAUCUAACUAACUAACAUCUCAAAUUUGUUCAAAGCAUUUUAUUGCGAAUUUUAUAUUUUACAGGAUUUCUCGUUAAUGUGUAGCAAAAAAUUACAUCCGUUUGUAAUUGACCUAUUCGGUAGCAUCUAAUAGCCAAGGGCUGGUGGAUUGGCCAAUUUCAAACGGCUGUAAUUCGCGAUCGAUAAAUUUCAAAAGUAAAUACGUUCAAGUCUCAAGUAUUAUCGAGAAACACAUUGGUAGCCUAUGGGCCAAUGUUCCUAAGUUACGCUGUGCAUAUUAUUGCCAUGCAAAAAAUUAUAAUAAAUGUAGAUCCAAGCAUAAAAUCAAAGGUGAAUCGAAGGUCUAUUUCGAAAAAUAUUUUUUUUUCUCACUGAUGAAAACAUUAUCGAGUUUCUACCACUCUUGAUGACUUUAGAUGAACUACUUUACGACUGUAUCUAAAUUAUUCAGAUGAUAAAUUCAGUGCACCCCA